CAUACUUGGGCGACUUUAACCUCAUUUGGACUCUGAUGCAACAACACUAUAGACUAGGUGGUUUGUGGUUGAACUGUCACUGAUGGGAUCUUAUCUACUGCUGUUGCCUCAUAUUCCCUAAAGCCUCCAUGGAGCUCAUCCAGGCCACCCUGCUGCCUCAGGAAGCCCCGACAGCUACCUGGAGCGACACCUCCAUUCCCCCUUACUCCCAUUUCCUGCUCCUCUCCACUCCUUCUGAACCGCACCUUGACUUCACCCCAAGUGACAGUGCUUUCCUCUUCAACAGCACCUGCCAGAACUGCACCAAACGGGAACCUGGAUCCCUCCCCGGCUUGGCUGGAAUCUUCAUCCCUCUUAUCUAUGGAAUAGUGUGUGUUGUUGGCCUCAUAGGCAAUACUCUGGUCAUCCAUGUUAUUGUCAACUACACAAAGAAUGAGUCCGUCACCAACAUCUACAUCCUCAAUUUAGCCAUUGCAGACGAGCUCUUCAUGCUGGGCCUGCCCUUCCUGGCAGUGCAGAACGCCCUGCUAUUUUGGCCCUUUGGCUCCCUCAUGUGCCGUGUGGUCAUGACUGUAGAUGCCAUCAAUCAGUUUACUAGCAUCUUCUGCCUGACCGUGAUGUCAGUGGACCGCUACCUGGCCGUUGUGCACCCCAUCCGUUCCUUCUGGUGGCGGCGCCCCCGUGUAGCAAAGGCAAUCAGCGCCACAGUUUGGGCAGGGUCCUUUGUGGUGGUGCUGCCGGUGGUGGUGUUUGCAGACGUGCUGAAAGACGAUGGGAACUGCAGCAUUGUGUGGCCUGAGCCGGCAGAAGUGUGGAAGACGUCUUUCAUUGUGUACGCGUGCACUGUGGGCUUCUUCUGUCCCCUGCUGGUCAUCUGUUUGUGCUACCUGCUGAUCGUCAUCAAGGUGCGCAGUGUUGCGAAGCGGGCACAGGCCACGUCCUCUCGGCGCAGGAAGUCGGAACGUAAAAUCACCCGGAUGGUGGUUGUCGUAGUGGCAGUGUUUGUCCUUUGCUGGCUACCAUUCUACAUUCUGAACAUCGUCAACCUCCUUGUGGUCCUGCCUGGGGACUUCAGGGGGCUCUACUUUUUUGUUGUAGUGCUGUCGUAUGCGAAUAGCUGUGCCAACCCCAUACUGUACGGAUUUCUGUCUGACAACUUCAAGAGAGGCUUCAGGAAGGCCCUGUGUGGCGCUUCACGCAGGGUGAAGAACAACGACAGGGCUGGCACUGAGGUACAGCGACCAACAGAGGAGUGGGGAGGCAUCGUGCUCCAAGCACAAAAAAAUGAAGGAGUCAUCAACUUGCAUAGGAAAGACUGUGGUGAAAAAGAAGAAGACGAGGACAUAAAUGGAACAGGAGGGGGCAUACAGAUGAGUGAAAUGUGCAAAACGGCACAAAAUGGAAACCACAGUGGCGUAACAGAGUGUUCAAGGACACAAGUUGUGCAGAAAGAUAAAUCUGAACCGGAGCACUCAAGUCCGAGUGCUAAACAUGGAGAACUGGCUGAGAAAGGCUCGGGGUUCGAUCCUGCUGAGGUGGCAACCUCUGAGGCCAGUAAAAUUAGAAACAGCAGGUCUCAACCUGAAGAAUUUAUGGACAAUAACUCUGUGCUUGAAAUCAGCUAUCUGUAA